GCCUGCCCCUGCCAUGGAGACCUUCUUUAGGAGACACUUCCAGCGGAAGGCACCAGGCCCUGGAGAGGGGCAGCGGCGGCCCAGCGGCGUGGGGCUGCCCACGGGCAAGGCACGGCGCCGCUCCCCUGCCGGGCAGGCCUCCUCCUCACUGGCACAGCGGCGCCGCUCCAGCACACAGUUCCAGGGCUGCCUGCUGGGCUGCGGGGUGGGGGCCCGGGGUAGCAGGCGCCGGCGCUCCAGCACCAUGGCCCCUGCCUGCAACCCUCACUGCAUCGUGGGUGAGGGGCCCAGCCCACAGCCUGCCACUGUUGGGGCCCAGCUUCAGGGUGCACCCCCGCUGCUGGCUGGGCUUGCGGGCAUGAAUGAAGAGGAAGAGGAGGGAGUCCAGGAGGAGGAUGUGGCCACAGGGCCAUCAGGUGCCACCCAGCCAGGCACCAAAAUACCAGGGCCACCCCCGCACCGGGGUGCCCAGCCACUGCUGCCCGUGCCCCGUUGCCUGCUCCGGCGCCGAGCUUCCUCCCACCUGCUUCCUGCUGAUGUGGUAUACGACCAUGCCCUCUGGGGCCUGCACGGCUACUAUCGGCGCCUCAGCCAGCGGAGGCCCUCAGGCCCACUCCCUGGCCCCGGGGGCAGAAGAGCCUCAGGUGCCACGGCUGGCUCCACAGUGCCCACCCGCGUGCGCCCACUGUCCCGCAGGCGCCAGGUAGCCCUGCGGCGCAAGUCAGCCGAUCCCCAGACCUGGAGCGCCCUGCUUGCGAAAGCCAUCACCAAGUCGGGCCUCCAGCACCUGGCACCCCCUCCUCCUGCUCCUGGGGCCCCGUGCAGCGAGUCAGAGCGGCAGAUCCGGAGCACCGUGGACUGGAGCGAGUCAGCGACCUAUGGGGAGCACAUCUGGUUCGAGACCAACGUAUCAGGGGAUUUCUGCUAUGUUGGGGAGCAGUACUGUGUAGCCAAGAUGCUGAAAUCGGUGUCCCGGAGAAAGUGUGCAGCCUGCAAGAUCGUGGUGCACACGCCUUGCAUUGAGCAACUGGAAAAGAUAAAUUUCCGCUGUAAGCCAUCCUUUCGUGAAUCAGGCUCCAGGAAUGUCCGCGAGCCAACCUUUGUACGGCACCACUGGGUACACAGGCGACGCCAGGACGGCAAGUGUCGGCACUGUGGGAAGGGCUUCCAGCAGAAGUUCACCUUCCACAGCAAGGAGAUUGUGGCCAUCAGUUGUUCCUGGUGCAAGCAAGCAUAUCACAGCAAGGUGUCCUGCUUCAUGCUGCAGCAGAUCGAGGAGCCCUGCUCCCUGGGGGUCCAUGCGGCCGUGGUCAUCCCACCCACCUGGAUCCUCCGUGCCCGGAGGCCCCAGAAUACCCUCAAGGCAAGCAAGAAGAAAAAGAGAGCGUCCUUCAAAAGGAAAUCAAGCAAGAAAGGGCCAGAGGAGGGCCGCUGGAGACCCUUCAUCAUCAGGCCUACCCCAUCCCCACUCAUGAAGCCCCUGCUGGUGUUUGUGAACCCCAAGAGUGGGGGCAACCAGGGCGCUAAGAUCAUCCAGUCCUUCCUUUGGUAUCUCAAUCCCCGACAAGUCUUUGACCUGAGCCAGGGAGGGCCCAAGGAGGCGUUGGAGAUGUACCGCAAAGUACACAACCUGCGGAUCCUGGCAUGCGGGGGUGACGGCACAGUCGGCUGGAUUCUCUCCACCCUGGACCAGCUGCGCUUAAAACCACCACCCCCUGUUGCCAUCCUGCCUUUGGGCACUGGCAACGACUUGGCCCGCACCCUCAACUGGGGUGGGGGCUACACAGAUGAGCCUGUAUCAAAGAUCCUCUCCCACGUGGAGGAGGGCAACGUGGUACAGCUGGACCGCUGGGACCUCCGCGCGGAGCCCAACCCUGAGGCAGGGCCUGAGGAGCGCGAUGAGAGCGCCACCGACCGGCUGCCCCUGGAUGUCUUCAACAACUACUUCAGCCUGGGCUUUGAUGCCCAUGUCACCCUGGAGUUUCACGAGUCUCGAGAGGCCAACCCUGAGAAAUUCAACAGCCGGUUUCGGAACAAGAUGUUCUAUGCCGGGACAGCCUUCUCUGACUUCCUGAUGGGCAGCUCCAAGGACUUGGCCAAGCACAUCCGAGUGGUGUGUGAUGGAACAGACCUGACCCCCAAGAUUCAGGACUUGAAGCCCCAGUGCAUUGUUUUCCUGAACAUCCCCAGGUACUGUGCAGGUACCAUGCCCUGGGGCCACCCUGGGGAGCACCACGACUUUGAGCCCCAGCGGCAUGACGAUGGCUACCUCGAGGUCAUUGGCUUCACCAUGACGUCCCUGGCAGCGCUGCAGGUGGGCGGGCACGGUGAGAGGCUGACGCAGUGCCGCGAGGUGCUGCUCACCACAUCCAAGGCGAUCCCAGUGCAGGUGGACGGUGAGCCCUGCAAGCUGGCGGCCUCACGCAUCCUCAUCACCCUGCGCAACCAGGCCACCAUGGUGCAGAAGGCCAAGCGGCGGAGCACUGCGCCUCUGCAUAGCGACCAGCAGCCAGUGCCCGAGCAGCUACGGAUCCAGGUGAGCAGAGUCAGUAUGCACGACUAUGAAGCCCUGCAUUAUGACAAGGAGCAGCUCAAGGAGGCUUCUGUGCCACUGGGCACCGUGGUGGUCCCAGGAGACAGUGACCUGGAGCUGUGCCGUGCCCACAUCGAGAGGCUCCAGCAGGAGGCUGAUAGUGCUGGAGCCAAGUCCCCAGCAUGCCAGAAACUGUCCCCCAAGUGGUGCUUCCUGGAUGCCACCACUGCCAGCCGCUUCUACAGGAUUGACCGGGCCCAGGAACACCUCAACUAUGUGACUGAGAUCGCACAGGACGAGAUUUACAUCCUGGACCCUGAGCUGCUGGGGGCAUCAGCCCGGCCUGACCUUCCAACCCCCACUUCCCCUCUCCCCACCUCUCCCUGCUCUCCCACUCCCCGGUCACUGCAAGGGGAUGCUGCACCCCCUCAAGGUGAAGAAUUGAUUGAGGCCGCCAAGAGGAAUGACUUCUAUAAGCUCCAGGAGCUGCACCGAGCUGGGGGCGACCUCAUGCACCGGGAUGAGCGGAGCCGCACACUCCUGCACCACGCAGUCAGUACUGGCAGCAAGGAAGUGGUCCGCUACCUGCUGGACCAUGCGCCCCCAGAGAUCCUUGAUGCUGUUGAGGAAAAUGGGGAGACCUGUCUGCACCAGGCAGCGGCCUUGGGCCAGCGCACCAUCUGCCACUACAUUGUGGAGGCCGGGGCCUCGCUCAUGAAGACAGACCAGCAGGGUGACACUCCCCGGCAGCGGGCUGAAAAGGCUCAGGACACGGAACUGGCCGCCUACCUGGAAAACCGGCAGCACUACCAGAUGAUCCAGCGGGAGGACCAGGAGACAGCUGUGUAGCUGGGGGCCCACUGAGGGCAGCAGGAGGGACAAUGCGGCCAGAGGCUGAGCUGCCUCCUAGCCCAUCUCACUGGCACAUUCCAGUCAACUGGCCACGGGGGGACCCAGGCCCCAGGGAAGGAGCCCCGUGCUGCCCCCUGAGGAGCCGCCCAGACCCAGGGCUGGACUCUGAGGAGCUGGGGUCUCACCUGUCCUCCUGAGGCCACGGCCUGUCCUGAAGGCUCACAGGGGAACAGGAAACAGGCUGGGCUGAACAGGCCUUGGUGGGGACUGAGGCUGGGCCACUUGACGGUGGCCUCCCCCUCAUGCAGCAUGUGGCCUCCAUGGAGUUCAGGGGAUGGAAAGGAGGCCCAGGAAGAGCCUUCUGCAGCCACCUGGUGUUUAGAACGUGGCCCCGAGGGUCCUGGGAGCUCGCUGCUCGGACCCUGACCCCAUCCCCCACAAGGCUUCCUCCGGAAACUCCAGCCUGCUGCAUUCCCCUGCCCCUGCCCUGCUUGGCACCUACCCCCUGACCCUCCCCAAAUACCCAGUCAUUUCAUCGUGGACUGCGUGGCCUGGGGGUGGGGGGUGGGGCUCUCACGGUGACAUGUUUACAGCUGGGUGUGACUCAGUAAAGUGGAUUUUUUUUCCUU